AAUAACACCAAUAACAAAGGAAGAAUAUUAAAAGAAGAAAUAUCUAAAAAAAAAUGAGAAUAAAUCUUUAAUUCAAACAUAAUCUUUUAUUCAAGAAUAAUAAUUCGAGAUCAUUUUCGACGGCAUCCAAAGUUCAGUGGCGUUUAGAAUAUAUUCGAUCGAUUACGUCCACUAUAGUUCACGUGGAUGCUGUGUAUAUCGGAUUGUAUUAUAAUCUGUAAAGGAAAAUUGCGAAGGCGUAGCUCCGGUUUGGUCUUCCAAGUACGGAACCCAAGUACGGGCACGUAGGCUUGUUCAUGUGGGAUUUUAACUGUGAUUUGACUUCAGCAUGGUCGUCAUUGGAUCAGUAGUCGGAUGUGAUUACAUGUGAGAGGAUUGCUCUCUGUACCUCUGGAACUUAACUCAACUGGUUUAUUUUUCAUAUGUUCCACUAAUGUCCACUGUAUCCAAUGAACAUGUUUUCUAUACGACUCUUAUCGUUCCUUCUGAUUCCGAAUUGAAAUUCACUCGUAUAAUAAGGACGCAAAAAUAAAGAUACAACAUGGUGAUUUCUGUUAUUGAACUUCGACAACUACUGUAACGACUAUGCUUCUGUGGAUGUUAAGCUGUUUGAACCUGCUGACGGUUUCAGUUUCAUGUCUAAGCACGUCAUUAGCAGAAGCUGAGAAAAGUGGUUGGAGUUUCGAGCCGAAUACCCAGUACCAUCUUCAAACAGACGAAGGACCUGAAAGGUAUUUUCGUUUUCAAACACUGAAUGGUCAAUACAGAAAGGAGAAACGAUUGGUCGAUGGUACAGUGAUUGGUACAGAGGGUUGGUUAGAUCCUCUGGGGUAUUUACGUCUUAAGGACUACAUAGCUGAUCAUAAUGGCUUUCGGAUAUUGAGGUCAAAAAUGGUGUACGUAGGUACAAAUAGACCUAUUAACUAUGCUGUGAAGGAAGCCAAAUCAGCACCUGCCCAAAAUGGAAUUCUUGUACAACCAACGCGACCACCGAAUCCUUUCAGGCAAUCGGACACGAAUUACGCUCGCCCUCUACUGGGCAACGAAAUUAACUCGAAUUAUUACGUGAGUUCAACGAUAAAACCACGAGUGGACCUUUCAGCUCCGAACGACGACUAUUACUACAACCCGAACCCAACGAUUCCACCCAGAUCUCGAAAUCUGUUAUUACCGCCAUCUACUUCGCACAGCAGCACAAGAGUACCACCGUACGAUGGAACCCACACAGUUGCUAACGGGUUUCAGUACUAUCUCAAAAAGCAGUAUCACGAAGAAGAAAAAGACUCUUCCGGAGCCAAUAUCGGCUCCUUCGGCUAUGUCGAUCCUUUCGGUAUCAGAAGAGUAAUUUAUUAUAAGACGGGCCCACGAGAUAAUGGUUUCCUUUACGAACAGAAUAACAAAUACGUGGGACUCGAAGGAACACCGUACGAUCCUUCCUUAGCUAAUUUAUAUGGACAAAAAUUGAGAACAUCUACAUAAUAGAUUUCGCAAAAUUGAUAUAACUUGUUGCAUUUUAUGUAGGUAUAAUAGAGAAAAAAAGUAAUGAAUGUAACAAGUAUUUCGAAUGUCGAGGCAUCUGUUUUUAAGGUAUAUUUAUGGGCAUUUGGGGCAAUUUUUCAAAAUAAUGUGAUAACAUGGGUUUAGGAGUAAGACAUUUAAUAAGAUUCAAGGUUUUGUAUGGAAUGAAUAGAAACGUAACUGCCAUAGUAGCUUGUGACUUCCAUGUUUUAGUUUUGUGUUUGUUAAAUUGACUUCAGUUUAGUUAUAAGUUACCUUUAGUACUAUUAUGAAUAUUAAUAUGAUUAACAAUUUUGACUUGUUUAUAAAUAUUUAAUUUUUACUGUAUAUUUAUAUGAAGUUUGAAUGGUACAUGUACUUAUUUGAUUACCUACUCUUUGAUUAUUAUUAAUUACCCACGUUUUUUGUAUACUUAAUAUUUACACUGUAUAUAGAUUCUUUUAUUUGGGUAUGAAAAUAAUUCUUGUUUAAACUUUCUGCCAAAUUACAAGCUAAGCAAUAAAUGCUAUGAAAUUUUUACAUAAGACUAUUUCUAUAAAAUACAAUCUUAGUUAUUGUCAAGGGUAAUUUAGACAUUUUAGUGAGGCAAUUUACAAAGUGCAUACAGUGGUUUGAUAAAGUAUUGGCACAUGAAGUUUCAUUGCAAUAAUGGAUUGAAAUAUUGUUAUAAUAUAAUAAUAGUAUCUUAAUAAACAGAUUAAUGUAAUGUGGUAUAUAAGAAAUAUAAAAUAUAUCUGCUAUCAAAUAAAUUCCAAACAGAAUGUGCCAAUAUUUUAUUAAAUGAUUAUAUGUACUUCUAUAGUCAUCAAUUGAUUUUACAAUUGUCUUCAGUCCCAGAACCUAAUUCUUCCUUAAAAUACUACACUAAAUACUCUCCCUUCACAUGUUUUAUAUCCAUAAUUAUACAGUAGAUAUUUGUUUUUGUUUUUGUAACACUCUAAACACUUUUUCACAUCUUUACAAUAAUAAAAUAAUUAGGAAUGACCAGGUAA